AUGUCUACGUGGGAGCAGGCAGUGGAGGAGGCUGACAAAGCCUUCGCAAAGCGUGACUGCAAAGCCGUUUGUGAGAUCAUUGAAAAGGCCGAGAGCGAUGGCACUUGUCACGUACAACUUAUGUGGCGUAGGGCCCGAGCGUUGCACACGUUGGGCGACGAGUCCCUGGACAAAUCUGAGAAGGAACGGUACGCGCGUGAUGCGGCGGUUGCAGCUGAGAGGGCAGUGGAGGAAGACCCGACAUCUGCGGAAGCCAAUCUGUGGAAAGCCAUUUGCAUCGGCAUACUGUGCGACUACCUUACGACUAAGGAGAGGAUGUCCAACGUUUAUGUCAUUCGUGACCAUCUGCUCAGGUCGUUGGAGCUAAAGAGCGAUAACCCCGAUGCACUUCAUGGCAUGGGGAUGUGGAGUUUGAGUCUCCUUCAGAUAAGCUGGUUUGAGCGCAGUGCGGCCAGUCUACUCUUCGGAAGCCUUCCAACAGUUUCGCAUGAGGAGUGUCUCAAGUAUUUUCUCGCUUCCCAUGAACUGAGGCCCUCUAUUCGUAAUUGCCUUGCGCUGGGCAAUCUGUUCCGGUACCAAGGAAACUGGACUGAGGCAAAGACCUGGUACCAGAAAGCGCUUGACAUUCCAGCGGAAACACACGCGCAUAAGCAAAAGCAGGACGAGGCAGUGCAACUCCUCAACUCGUGUUGA